UUCGAGGUGGUCCCUCAGCACUGCCCUCAUGCAGUCAGGAGCCUCGUGAUUCCCUUAUCGUCAUUCAGGGUGUUUUCCUGUCUGCUAGGUGAAUUUCUGGGAGAGCUGGGAAUUCUGUAGCAGGGGCAGAACAAGGAUGGAUUUUCUUGCAGUUGUUCCCAGGGGACUGUCAGAGGUUGCUUUCCAUAAUUCCCCUGUCAGCUCUGCCUGCUGUUUCCUCUCUGUAUCCAUAACUCCCGUCGUGGCCCCGGUUGGAGAUGAAGUUUCCUGGGUUGGGACUGGCUCUGUUGCCCAGCUGUGGGUGCAGAGUCCCUGUCCCAUCCUGUGCCUGAUGUCUGUCCUGCUCUUGCCCAGACUGCGCCCUGUCCAAGCCUGAACUGUUACUACAGCUGGAAAGAGAAGAGCUGAGCACGCCGCCGGAAUCCGAGGCAGAGGCAGCAGAGGUGUCCCCAGAGCUGGCUGUAGAACCAGCCCGACAGAACUGCACCAGCGAUGAUGCACUGCUGGAGAUGGAGACAAUGGAGAGGGGCUGCAGGGAGCCAGAGGAAAGCGGGAACGUGGCAGAGAAAAGUGGGAACUUGGUAGAGGAAAGCAAGAACCUAAUACAGGAAAUCUGGAGCCUAGUGGGGACAAGUGGGAAUCUGAUAGAGGAAAUCUGGGGUGUGGUAGAGCAAAACAGGAGCCUGACAGAGGAAAACAAGAGCCUGACGGAGGAAAACAGGAGCCUGACGGAGGAAAACAGGAGCCUGACGGAGGAAAACAGGAGCCCAGCAGAGGAAAACAGGAGACCAGCAGAGGAAAACAAGAGCCUGGCGGAGGAAAACAGGAGCCUGGCGGAGGAAAACAGGAGCCUGGCGGAGGAAAACAAGAGCUUGACGGAGGAAAACAAGAGCCUGGCAGAGGAAAACAGGAGCCCAGCAGAGGAAAACAAGAACCCAGCAGAGGAAAGUGGGGAUCUGAUGGAGGAAAGCAGGAACCCAGCGGUCCCAGAGAACUGCAGCACACCACCUGUCCCUCUGGAAGCCACUGCUGUCCUGGCGGAUCUCAGCCAGCCGACCCCGUCCCCUCCCCGCCCGCUCUCCGUGCACUGUCAGGAAGCCGUGGGUCAGAACUGUUCUCCCCCUGCAGCAGGAGAUGCUGAAGCAGGGAUCCCAAUGGAGGUGCCGCAGGAGGAGGUUGCUGCAGAGAAGCCAUCAAUGCCCAAAACACCCUCCAAGGGUCUGGAAGAGGACAAGGGUCAUGAAGAGGAGGCUGUGAAACAUUUAGGGAAUACUGGCCAAGAUCUGGUGGCCGACAUUCCUGAAGAACCAGGAAAGGAGGUGACACCAGAUGUCCACAAAACGACAGAACAGGCAGAUCCCAGCCCAGGGCAGCCGGAGAAGGACUCCUGCGUGGGCCGGCCCAUGGCCUGUCAGCGAAAUGCCACGCGGGAAUUUUACUCCUGCCCCAUCUGCAGGAAGACCUUCCUGCUGAAGAUCAACCUCCUGAUCCACCAGCGUGGCCACACCAACUGGGUGCCCUAUGUCUGCGUCCACUGCGACCGCAAGUUCAUGUCCAAGAAGAAAAUCAGGCGGCAUCUCCGUGCCUGGGCAGUCAACGGGACGUGCCAGCCCUCGGAGCUGGAGGUGUGUCCCAGCCAGGUGCCAUGCCCAGCAUCCCAUCCCCAAACCUGGGCAGCUAAUGGGACAUACCAGGCUGGGAAGCCAGAGGAGUGUCCUAGUAGGACACCGUGCCCAACACCUCAGCCCCAAGCCUGGGCACCCAAUGGCACCUUCCAGCCCUUGGAUGCAAAGGCAUGUCCCAGCCAGGGGACACCAUGUCCAACAUCCCAGCCCCAAGCCUGGGCACCCAAUGGCACCUUCCAGGCCUUGGAUGCAAAGGCAUGUCCCAACCAGGGGACACCGUGUCCAAAAUCUCAGCCCCAAGCCUGGACACCCAAUGGCACCUUCCAGCCCUUGGAUGCAAAGGCAUGUCCCAGCCAGGGGACACCAUGUCCAACAUCCCAGCCCCAAGCCUGGGCACCCAAUGGCACCUUCCAGGCCUUGGAUGCAAAGGCAUGUCCCAACCAGGGGACACCGUGUCCAAAAUCUCAGCCCCAAGCCUGGACACCCAAUGGCACCUUCCAGGCCUUGGAUGCAAAGGCAUGUCCCAGCCAGGGGACACCGUGCCCAACAUCGCAGCCCCAAGCCUGGACACCCAAUGGCACCUGCCAGCCCUUGGAUGCAAAGGCAUGUCCCAGCCAGGGGACACCAUGUCCAACAUCCCAGCCCCAAGCCUGGGCACCCAAUGGCACCUUCCAGGCCUUGGAUGCAAAGGCAUGUCCCAACCAGGGGACACCGUGUCCAAAAUCUCAGCCCCAAGCCUGGACACCCAAUGGCACCUUCCAGGCCUUGGAUGCAAAGGCAUGUCCCAGCCAGGGGACACCGUGCCCAACAUCGCAGCCCCAAGCCUGGACACCCAAUGGCACCUGCCAGCCCUUGGAUGCAAAGGCAUGUCCCAGCCAGGGGACACCAUGCCCAAAAUCUCAGCCCCAAGCCUGGGCACCCAAUGGCACCUUCCAGCCCUCGCUUGUGAAGGCUCAUCCCAGCCAGGGGCCAUGUCCAGCACCCCAGUGCCCAACAUCCCAGCCCCAAACCUGGGCAGCCAACGGGACCUGCCAGGCCUCGAAGCCGGAGGAGUGUCCCACCCAGCCCCUGUGCCCAUCCUCCCAGCCACAAGCCCCAAACAGGGACUGCGGCACGGUGUGGCAGGAGCCUGGCCCCACCCAGUGCUCACUGUCAUCUGGAAAAAUGAUGUACACGUGCACCGAGUGUCGGGAAACCUUCUCCAACCAGGGCUUCCUGACGGUGCACCAGCGCCGGCACUCCGGCCACCACCUCAUCCUGUGUCCCUGCUGCAACCGGAGCUUCACCUGGGUGUCGGACUUCGUCCGGCAGCACUGGAUGUACAUGGGCGUCCGGCCCCACCAGUGCGGCAUCUGCCAGAAGACCUUCAAGAGGUUCUCCCACCUCAAGGUGCACCAGAGGAUCCACAGGCGGCAGGAGCGACCGUUCCCCUGCGCCAACCAGGUGCCACUCGUGGUGGCACCCGCAGCAGGAGACGGGGUGGGAAGUCAGGCUGUGACCCCCAGGGAUGGGGCGCUGCUGUCGGACCUUGAGGUGUCCUCCCAGGAACGGGAGGCCGCUGCUGGAUCUCAGGGUGUGCACCCAGGUGUGGGAAGCUGCUGCUGAAAUUUGAGGUGACCUCUCAGAGACUUGAGGUGACUUCCCAGGAUGUUGCUGCUGAAAUUUGAGGUGACCUCCCAGAGACUUGAGGUGACUUCCCAGGAUGUUGCUGCUGAAAUUUGAGGUGACCUCCCAGAGACUUGAGGUGACUUCCCAGGAUGUUGCUGCUGAAAUUUGAGGUGACCUCCCAGAGACUUGAGGUGACUUCCCAGGAUGUUGCUGAUGGGAAUUUGAGGUGACCUCCCGGGACACGGUGCUGCUGAUGGGCUUUAAGUUGACUGCUCUAGGAUAGGAGGCUGAUCUUGAGGUGAAGGAUGGGAUGCUGCUGCUGAUGGGCUCUAAGGUGUCCUCUCAGGAAUGGGAUACAUGAUGAAUGUCGAGGUGUCCUCCCAGAAAUCAGAUGCUGCUGUUGAACCUUGAGGUGACCUCCCAAGAAUGGUAUGGUGCUACUGGACCUUCAAGUGACUCCCAGGGAUAUGAUGCUGCUGCUGGAUUUUGAAGUGACCUCCUGGGGACCGGAGGCCACUGUCAGACCUUCUCCCCUCUAUCCCUCUCCAGAUGGAGGCUGGAGCAUGGACAACAUUUUCUGGCUCCCCUGCCCUGGUGUGGGGAUGGGGGGCACCUGCCCAGCCCAUGUGAGGGGGUCUCCUUGUUCCCAAGCCCUGGUGGGGCAGGUGGGAUGCUUGGAGUGGGUGCUUUUUCUGGAGAGUGCCAAUAGAUGCUGUAGAAACCA